GGCCAUCAUCAGCUGUGGUUCCUCCACAUGGUUCUUGCGAGGAUAAAAAAUAACAAAAAAACAAUAAAAAAUAACAAAAAAACAAGGAAAGAAAAGGUGGAUCAUGAUGAGAACAGUAAUGAGAGGAUUAAAACUCGUAAAGAAGUAGUUACGAAUAAUAAAAUGGGAGUCGGAGGAUAUAACUCGAAACUUAUGGGGUGAUAGAAACGCGAUUUCAACAAUAGUAAUAAUAAUAAUAAAUCAACUAAUAUUUAGAUGAUCAUUAUAAAGACGAGAGGUAUGAGGCCAAAACAACCAUUAACGUCAUUAGUAAGAGAGCAGGUAACAGCCCCGCCAGCGCCCUCGGAAGGAACGUUUUCAGGCUCGGGACUCGCACUCGGCCACGACAUUGCGACUAUUUUGACAUUUAUUCGACAUUUUUGAUGUUCCUUCCGAGAUAUUUUCAGAGGCAAUACCAACGCCUGCCUCAGGAGGAUCGGAAUUAUAGAACGAGGACUUUUUGAUCUGUAGAGACAUCUCGUAAAUCAGAUGCAGAAGCCUGGGGACUCUCCAUCAUGGCCGAGCUAGAGGAGACCUGGACCGAGAGGAAUUUUUAUGACCGUCCUCUCUCCAUGUGGCUGCAGGAGGAUUGCGGAGACGAGGACUUUCUUCUUCUUGACAUCUUCACAGCGGCCAGCAUUGGUUGUCGUCAGCGCGUGGGAGAUAUUAUUAAGAAAGACGAGAAAGCUGUUGGUUAUAAAAACAAGGGAGGAUGGACAGCAUUGAUGUAUGCAGCUUAUUAUGACCACUCAGAUGUAGUAAAGCUACUCUUAGAAGCUAAUGCUUCUGUUCACCUGACCAACAACGCCAGAUGUAAUGCUCUGAUGUUAGCUGUUAUGUGUGGCAAUGAAUCCAUAGUAGAAACUUUGAUAAAGGCUGGCAGCAUCUUAGAAGCUCGAGAUAACUGGGACUGGACAGCACUCUUUCAUGCAGUAAAUUCAGGCCAUCAUAGUGUGGUUGACACCCUCCUGAGAUAUAGAGCAAAUCCUAAUUCUUGUGAGCGAAGGACUGGCAUGACUCCCCUGAUGUAUGGGGCACAACAUGGUAACAGCAGCAUAGUCACAACAUUACUUAAAGGAGGUGCCAUAGUCUCUCUCACAACACAUCAAGGACACACAGCUGCCAGGAUUGCUCAAGAUGCUGAUUAUCAUGCUAUUGCUGCACUUAUCACACAGUGGGGUCUACAAGGUGAGAAUGGACCAAGCCUGCCAGAUGGUCCUGCAGCAGUCGAGGCACGUCUGUCACAACAGGCUCAACUGCAACCUCGAGGAAGAGGAAAUGCAGUUCCAUCUGUUGACAGUGCACGUGUCAUCCCCACGGAUCUUGAAACUUUGUUGAACCAACUAGGCUUAGGCUCAUACAUGAGUGUCUUCAAAGAACAAGAUGUGGAUCUUCAGAUGUUUCUGACAUUAACAGAUCAGGAACUGAAAGAAUGUGGAAUACACAAACUGGGACCUCGACGCAAGAUGACUUCUGCCAUUGCACGAUGGCACAGCAAUGCACCAUUGUGGAACUCUCUGGAAUGUGCCUAUGCAGAUAAGCUUGAAGUUGAGAUGCAAGAGCUGGGUGUGAAGUUAACCGAAGCCAUGGAGACUAUACAGCAAACAAAAGCCCAGGUUUAUCAAGAACACAAUUUAAGAGUUGUGACGGAGGGAUGGAUAGUUGAAGCUCGUGGUAGGCUACAUGACUGCCACCAAAGAUGCCAGAUGCUGCUUGAACAGAUGUCAGUCAUGCGGCACUGUACCUCGGUCCUGUCGGCCCAGUUUUCUCUCAUUCAGCCGACUCUCAUUUCUCCUUUGGUCGAGAGUAUCAGCGUUGCCACAGCAAAUAUUGAUGCUCUUUUGAAGCUGACAGAUCCAAGCGUUGCAAGAGGUCCCAGCAACCCCUCCUCUCCUCGCAGAAAUGGGCAUCAAGGCAGCUACCCAAAUGCCCCUCGCUGAUGGUGCAAUACUUAAUAUUGUCAGGCUAGUCAGAAAUAGUUGAAUUUGUGUUGUCAAAUAUCAAGGCAUAUAUUUAUGGAGCUAAAUUUUUUUUUAUUGUAUAUAUAUAUAUUUUUUUUUUGAGAAUUAUUGUGAAGUUUUACAACAGACUCGGUGACAAGACAAUUCCUUGAAAAAUGAAAUGAACCCGAAAUUUCACGCUGCCAAAAUAAUGUGUACCUGUUAAGAGUGUAAUAUUACUGGUGUAUCAGUAGUGAUUAUAUUUUCUAUUACUAUUUUAGAUAACUGAUUUAAAAAAAUAAUUGC